AACCGGUUCAUUAUUCCCAAAACGGCCCUCCUUCCCUCUGUCCUUUCUCUCUCCCGCCGCUUCCUCCCUUUCCGUCUUCCUCCUUUUCUUCUCUCACAGGGUUGGCGUUAGUGUUCCGAAUAUGAGAGGCAAGGACCAGGCCUCGAAGCUCUUCUACGAGCUCUGCCCCCUCCUCCUCACCCUCCUUCGUUCCCCCCACCUCGCCAUUCCCCCCUCCGACGCCCCUCAGGCGGCGGCGCCGCCUUUUCCACGGCCCCCGCAGCCAGCGGUGGUGGCGAGACCCCGCGCGGCGAGGCAGUCUCAGGUCUCGCCGGUGGGCUUCGCGUCGCUCCUACUCGGGGCGUCGCUCGCGCUCAUGCUCUGCGGCGCGGUGACCUUCGUGAUCGGGUUCAUUCUAAUGCCUUGGGUGAUCGGGCUGAUUAUGCUGUUCUAUGUCGUCGGAAUCGUGUCGAAUCUAUCGGGGUUAGGGAGGGCGAUCCUCUGCCCCCCUCCCCCUUCCCCUGCGGUUUCGUCCCCCAAAGACAUCACCGGCCAACUCUUCUCUAAACUUCCAAUUAUUUAGAUGGGAAGUUGCAACCGAUGUAAGUUGGCCUGCCACGGAGGUCCAUAGCAUCAAAACUUAUUUGCAGGCCAGGAUUUGACUUGAUCCAUCUCAUUUGCUCCUGGUUUAUAUCAUCCCUAAAUCUGCUACCUUUUUUUUUAGUACUUUAGUCACACCUUGUACUAGUUAUUGCACCUUAUAUGUCAUCUUCUGUUCAGCAGUUCCUUUGUAGAGAUGCAAUGUAUUUUGCUAAAAGGGAUUUUAGAAAUCCUGAUAUUUACCUGUGGUGAUCUGGUACCUUAUUUUUCUUUAUCCCCGAGCCAAUGGUCUUCUUUCCUCUGCUCGCUUUUAGGGGAAGGCUGCUUUAGAGCCUGAAAUUUCAUGUCCUGUGUGUUUUAGCUAUUACAAUAUCUGUUUGAUAA